AUGGACUCGCUCCAGGACCGCAUCUCCAUCCUCCUGGACUGGGCAGCUUCUCACCACGCAACGCUGCACCCCUCGGCCGAAGUCUACGACGACGCUGAAACCGGCCUCUCGUUCCGCGUCAAGCCCUCCUCAGCAUCGUCCAUCUCGCCCUACGAGCCCAUCGUCAGCUUACCGACGAAUCUGUCCCUCUCCUAUGCCAACGCCCUGCAGCCAACGCCCGCCUUUCCCAGGGAGUUCCUCUCAAAAACGAAGCCGCAUGUCAUUGGCCGGCUCUUCCUCAUCAAGGAGCUGCUCAGGGGCGAGGAGUCCUUCUGGUACCCCUAUAUCCAGGCACUGCCGCAGCCGGAGGACGUUGACGACUGGGCGCUGCCGCCGUUCUGGCCCGAGGAGGAGGCCGAGCUGCUGGAGGGCACAAACGUCGAGAUUGGGCUGGACAAGAUCCGCAAUGACCUGAAGAGAGAGUUUCGAGAUGCCAAGGCCCUGCUGCUUGCGUCGCAAAAGGAUGCCGAGGACGAUUUCAGCGAACUGUUGACCAAGGAGCUGUACAACUGGGCGUACUGCAUCUUUUCAAGCCGCUCCUUCAGGGCCUCGCUUGUCAUGUCCGAGGCGCAGCAGCAGUCCCUUCCGGAAGACGUAUCGGUCGACGACUUUUCAGUGCUGCUUCCGCUGUUUGACAUUGGAAACCAUGACAUGACGGUGGACGUGAAAUGGGAGCUUGCAGCUGCGGAGGGUGCAAAGGAUCGGAAUUCAGGGGCUGCGUGCCAGCUCAAGGUUGGCCGGGAGCACAGGCCGGGGCAGCAAAUCUUCAACAACUACAGCCCCAAAACCAACGCCGAGCUCCUCCUGGGAUACGGCUUCAUGCUCCCCGUCACGGACGAGCUGCACAACGACUAUAUCCACGUUCGGAAGCGCACUGCUCCGUCGGCCCCUUUACCUGCAAAUCCCCAGUCCGGCAGCAGCGUGCCCGAGGAGUAUCUCAUCUCCCUACGGCCUAUAACCGAUCCAUCUUCCUUGCUCGCCGUCUCCAAGCAAUCACUUCUCAUCAACCCUCCGGCGCUUGGACUCCUCGGGGCCUUCAAGCACGUGCAGCACGACAUGGUCUGGGAUAUCCUCAUGACGCUCCUUCAGCACUCGUCCAUACCGCUCAUCAAGCUCAUCCCGCUCAACUCCAACACGUUCCCAUCGGAGGAGGAGGCAGUGAGGCAGCGCCAAGAGAGAUUCUUCUCCGGCCAUGUCAACGACGAGUGCCAGGAGUAUCUGGAGCAGACCGUGGCCAUUAUCCAGCACAAGGUGCUGCAGGAGCUGGAGAGGCUAAACGAGACGGACAUGGAGGUUGUGGGAGACGAUGUGGAGCUGUUGUCGCCGAAUCAACGGCUGGCUUUGGAAUAUAGGGAGCGAUGCCGACGGGUGCUGGAGAAUACGCUGGCGACGAUGGGAGAGGAUGAGAUGAUGCAAUAUGACGAUUGA